AUGAUGAAGGUCCAUUCUGUUCUCCUGCUGCUGUUCUUCUCAGCUGGGCCGACCCUGUGCUUCGAACACGAGACGCGCCUCGUUGAAGACUUGUUCAGGGACUACAACAAGGUGGUGCGCCCAGUGGAAGACCAUCGGGAUGCGGUUGUCGUCACUGUCGGGCUGCAGCUUAUUCAGCUUAUUAACGUGGAUGAAGUAAAUCAGAUCGUAACAACGAAUGUACGUCUGAAACAGCAAUGGACAGAUGUCAACCUAAGAUGGAAUCCAGAAGAAUAUGGCGGUGUGAAAAAAAUCCGUAUCCCAUCCGAUGAUAUUUGGCGCCCAGACCUUGUUCUUUACAACAAUGCAGAUGGUGAUUUUGCUAUUGUUAAAUACACCAAAGUUCUUUUAGAACAUACAGGCCUGAUCACCUGGACACCACCAGCUAUUUUCAAAAGUUACUGUGAAAUUAUAGUCACAUACUUUCCAUUUGACCAGCAGAACUGUAGUAUGAAGUUGGGCACUUGGACGUAUGAUGGUACAAUGGUUGUUAUCAACCCGGAGAGUGAUCGUCCAGAUCUGAGUAACUUCAUGGAGAGUGGCGAGUGGGUGAUGAAGGAUUACCGAGGCUGGAAGCACUGGGUUUACUACGCUUGCUGUCCUGAUACCCCCUACCUGGAUAUUACAUAUCACUUCCUCAUGCAGCGCUUGCCUCUCUACUUUAUUGUGAAUGUCAUCAUUCCUUGUCUGCUCUUCUCGUUUCUAACUGGGUUAGUUUUUUAUCUACCCACAGAUUCAGGGGAGAAAAUGACUCUCAGCAUCUCUGUUUUGCUGUCUCUGACCGUGUUCCUUCUGGUCAUUGUGGAACUGAUUCCUUCUACGUCCAGUGCAGUGCCUCUGAUAGGCAAAUACAUGUUGUUUACCAUGGUGUUCGUCAUCGCUUCAAUCAUCAUUACGGUCAUUGUCAUCAACACCCACCACCGCUCUCCAAGUACCCACACCAUGCCGCCGUGGGUCAGGAAGAUCUUUAUUGACACAAUCCCAAACAUCAUGUUUUUCUCUACAAUGAAACGACCGUCCAGGGAUAAACAAGACAAAAAUAUUUUUGCAGAAGAUAUUGAUAUUUCUGAAAUUUCUGGGAAACCAGGUCCUACGCCUGUCAACUUCUACUCCCCCCUUACCAAAAACCCAGAUGUGAAAAGUGCUAUAGAGGGAAUCAAAUAUAUUGCGGAAACGAUGAAAUCAGACCAAGAAUCCAAUAACGCUGCAGAAGAAUGGAAGUUUGUGGCAAUGGUGAUUGAUCAUCUUCUCCUUGGUGUGUUUAUGCUAGUUUGCAUUAUUGGAACAUUAGCUGUAUUUGCUGGUCGCCUUAUUGAAUUAAAUCAGCAGGGAUGA